AUGGCAUCGAGCAAAAUUGAGGAGCCCAAUGACAAUACGGUCAACAGACCCGAUGUUGUUGUUACAAAGGACAACACCAACGAGCACGCUGGGGCUGAAAGGGCUCCAGCGCAGAAGGCGACAUUCUUCAUGAUAUUCUUUGCCAUCUGGAUCUCCUUUGCGUCAUGGAUUGCCAACUUUGAUCUGGGCUACCAAGGAGUCGUCUUGAUCAUGCCCACAUUCAAUAACGCCUUUGGCACUUGCCAGAUGGUCCCUGGCCCAACUGGUGCGCCGAUGGAAGUUUGCCAGUUGAGCGUGUUGCGGCAGUCGCUGACCAAUGUGGUUUCUAUCUUCACAGGCGUCGGCGGAGUCCUCGCAGGCAUCACAGGUCACUACAUUGGGCGACGCGGAACCAUGCAACUUGCUUCUGCCAUUGUCAUAAUCGGGGCAGCUGGCAUGUUGGGCACUAGUAGCAACUUUUUGCAUUACAUGGUUUUCAAGUGCAUCAGUGGCGUGGGCAUCGGUCAGCUACUUGCAUCCUCUCUCGUUUAUGGGACAGAAUGUAUAGUAGCGAGCCAACGAGGCUUGAUCCUGGGCAUGUACAACUACGGUCUCACUUUAGGCAACGUUGCUGCUGCCGCCGUCUGCGCCGGAUCUUCGCAUCUUGCUGCCACCAACAACUGGCAAUGGAAAACCCCUAUCAUCUGCCAGAUUCCGCUCGGUAUCAUACUUGCAGCAGGAACCAUGAUGUUUCCGGAGUCGCCGUACUGGCUCAUGACCAAAGAUAGAGAGGAAGCAGCACGGACGUCAUUCGCCCAAUUUUACAAAAAGGAUCCCAGCUCAGCCGAGAUCACCGCACAGGUCCAGUCGGUGAAAGAAUAUAUCGAGAUCGAAAGAGCUGCGAGCGCAACAACGUCUUGGACGGAGAUCUAUCAUUCACAUGAUAUCCGACGGACAUUUGCUUCGACGAUAUGCCUCCUUGGAGUCUCCCUGACCGGCAUCAACCUUGUGGCUCCGUAUGCGGCUCUUUUUCUCCACGGCCUGGGCAUUACCAACCCGUACUUGAUCAAUGUGAUCAUCGGCUUGUGCAUAUUUGCUGGCGCCCUGCUUGGUCCUGUGGUUCUGGAGUACGGAGGACGGCGGUUCUCCAUGUUAUGCGCCUUUGCUGCUAUGGCGAGUUGUAUGCUGAUCUUCUCCGCCGUCAGCAGUGCACUAGGCCCCAACAACCCCCAGUCGCAGCGCGUACUCGUCGCCUUCUUGUGCAUCUGGGCAUUCGUCUUUGGCGGCGGCUUUGCGCCGGCUGCAUGGCUUACCUCUGCAGAAUUACACUCUGUCCGCUUGCGCACCUACGGGCAGGCUAAUACGACGUUCUUCUACCAGAUAUUUCAGUUCGGCGCCACUUUCUGGACACCGUACAUGCUCAACAAUGAUUAUGGUGAUAUGGGAACCAAUGUGGGCUACUUCUACUUCGGAAUUACCGUCGUCUGGUUCAUCCUCGUCUUCCUAUUCGUGCCAGAGACGGCGCGUCUUACACUUGAGCAGAUUGACGAUUACUACAUGUCUUCUCGACCAGCGUGGAAGACAUCGAUGAAGGUGAACAAACAGAUUGCUAUGGGCAACAACACAUUGGGCGCCACGACACAUGAAGCAAAAAAUGGGGUCGAUUGUGUUCAUAGCGAGAAAGUUUGA